GGAAAAUGGGCGGGGCUUCUCCACCGGCCACGCCUCCUUUCCCUCGCGGCGGCGGCGUCUCCUUCUUACCAGAGCGCGCCGGGAGCCAACAGACUUCGGAGGAGGCGAGCAGACGCUGGGCCGCUAUUGAAUAAAAGCUCAGCAAGUCUGCAAUAAAAAUGGCCACCAAUAAAUCUACAUUGCAUAAAAUGGGGAAGAAACAGAACGGCAAAGGUAAAAAGGUUGAAGAAGCAGAACCUGAAGAAUUUGUUGUGGAAAAAGUCCUGGACCGGCGUGUAGUUAAUGGCAAGGUUGAGUACUUCUUGAAGUGGAAAGGAUUUACUGAUGCUGAUAAUACUUGGGAACCUGAAGAAAAUUUAGAUUGUCCAGAGCUAAUAGAAGCUUUCUUGAACUCUCAGAAAGCUGGUAAAGAGAAAACAGAGGGUGGCAAAAGAAAAUCUCUUUCAGAUAGUGAAACUGAUGACAGCAAAGCAAAGAAAAAAAGGGAAUCUGUUGAUAAGCCCAGGGGUUUUGCAAGAGGACUAGAUCCCGAGCGAAUAAUUGGAGCCACAGAUAGCAGUGGAGAACUUAUGUUUCUCAUGAAAUGGAAAGACUCUGAUGAAGCAGACCUCGUGCUGGCCAAAGAGGCAAAUGUAAAAUGUCCUCAAAUCGUCAUUGCUUUUUAUGAAGAACGGCUAACUUGGCACUCUUGCCCAGAAGAUGAAGCACAAUAAUUAUUUGAGUCCCCCAUUCCUUUUUAUAUAUAAAUAUAUAUGGUUUUGACUUACCAGAAAUGUGGGAAGCUAUUCUAAUCAAACGAGUUUGCUUAUUUUUGAAGUAAUGUGUUUUGCAUAAAGAGAAGCGAUAAGCGAUCUGUGCUAUUUGUUUUCUUUAUUACAGGAGAGCAUUUGAUACUGCUUCCUGCAUCUUAGGUAAAGUGUUUUAUAAAAAAAACCUUGCUAGUUAAUAGUAAUUCUUAAUGGCAAUUUAUUCAAAUGCAAAAGCUUUUUUGUAACCCAGUAUACAGCAAAUUUGCAUGCAUCUUUCUCCCUAUUUAGUUCUCUGAAAUCUGUAAUAUUCUUUCUAGUAUUUGUGGUUUCUUGGUUCUAAGGGGACCAGGUUAAAACUUUGUAGUAAGUUGAAAGUGCAAUGUAUAUUGUUUACUUUAUUGUAAAUACUGGUGAGUUAUCAAUAAAAUAGUUUUAUAUUUUU